CCAACUAAGUAAAAAAGACAAAAGCUUGGUUGAAUUACUCGAAAUUGUGAAAAGCAUCAACGAGAAUACCAGUCAAAUACCGCAACUAUUUGCUCAGCUCCAGAAUAUGCAGAUCAGCGUCCCGUCUUCUUCCCAGUCUGAGGAUAGUGGCGAUGACGCUUCGUCGACGAGCACUUUGAAGGCUCAAGGCCUACCUACCCCGAAACCCUUGCGACAGGAACCAUACCGAUAUGCGUCUGCAGUCACUAAGAUGAUGGCAUGGCCUGCAGUGCGACAGAAACUAGAAGACGUCCAACCCAAAAUACCAAACCUCCAAUCCGCCUUCCGAGAACCCGACCUUCCGUCCGAGUUGUUCCAUCAGCAAGGCCAAGACCGGCGCCUUCCUCUAGGCGGGUUAGAAACGGUGAGCUAUCAUGAGCGUAUGUCGCUGAGCUUAGCGAUAGACAUACAGACGCCGCAACUGACGGAUUUGAACUACGCCGUUGUUGUGGACCGCGUCACGACGUAUUUCGAUACUUUCAAUCGAAUCCAUCCUGUUCUAGACCGUCAAUACUUCAUGGAAAAAACACUGCAGGACGUUUGCAGUAGCCACUUUCAAGAAAAUGCGGCAUCUACAUUGGUAUGCCUGGUGCUGGCCCUUGCCGAGGUUGCUCUCGUAGGAGGAUCUGGCGGGGCCUUUGCGGCGUUCGAGGACCACAGUGCCGGUGAACCUGUCGGGUCAACAAACGAGUUGGUAUUCCGGCCGCCGGGUCUUGUAUUCUUCAACGAAGCGCGACGGCGCUUGGGGUUCUCCAUGACAGAGUGUGCUUUGGAGAAUGUCCAAAUGUAUAUCUUGGCGGGGCUGUACUAUGAGUGCUGUUCUCGGCAUGUGGAGUUUUGGAGAAUGACCAUAUCGGCGUCCCUUGCUUGCCGCGCCUUGAUUACCAGUAACUCUGCCGAACUUCGCUCAGUGCGCGGCGAUCAGAUCCGCCGCGCCUUUUGGUAUUGCUCCAUCAUGGAAACCGGUCUUCACUUGGAACUCGACCUCCCUUUAACCGGCCUCGAGAAGCUGGAGGCGAGUAUGCAACUGCCAACCUUCUCGGCCUAUGCUCACACCGAAGAUGCGAGUUUGAGUCAAAGCAUACACAACGACAGGAGAUCAAAUUGUGGUGAGAUAUUCCUCCACCAGAUUUCGUUGCGAAAUCUGGGGGUCAAGAUCCAUAGCAGUUUGAGAAGAAUUCUUGGAGGAUCCACUUCGAAAACCAACUGGAAUUCGCCGAACCUGGCCGACUCUCUCGAAGAUCUAGUCGGCGAUUUAGCUUCACAGCUUGACCAGUGGCACACUUCUUUGCCCAGCGUCUUGCAAUGGGACAGGACGCAGCAUUUGGAUGCAUUCCAAGCAUCCUUCCCGGUCCUCAAUCCCCAGGUUCCUGACCAACAGUUUUACGCGGCGCCGACCUUGUAUACCGCCGACGCCAUGGAAGGGUUGCAGUCUGCUCCCAUGUUGGGAUAUCUUCAUGAUUCACUCUAUACUAACUCGAACGAUGUGCUCGAAGCUCUACUCCGGUCUCGAUUCUACCAUCUCGAGUACUUACUAUUCAGGCCUUUCGUAUACAAGGCCUUGCAUACACGAGUAGAAAACUUGACCGAAACCGACUUGUCCGCCACAAAGAGAUUCUUGGAAGCUUGCCUUCUCUGGCCUAUCAUCCUUCCGCCAGCCGCUCAGCAUAAACGCAUGAUUCCUUGCCUCUACUAUUGGUCUCAAAAUAUCCUCGGCAUACUCAUCUUCUUGCACCUAUCUACAACACACCCCACCCUCUUCCAAAUUCGGCAAAGCCGUUGCGACUCGACUUUUGACGAGGCAGCGAACAUGACGAUCACACAGGGCAUUAGUUGGCUUCGGGGCCUUAAGGACGAAGACAGUUCUACACGGUGGUGUUGGACUAUUAUUCAGGGCUUGUAUCCUGACAGAACCAUCAUUCAACAGUAGGGAUGGGGCGCUAUGGGCCGAUGAACGAGAAAGACGGACUUUGG